AUGGCUGGCGAUGGCGGAAACGGAAACGGAAUCGGUGUGGACUCGAUCAGCUCUCUGCCUGAUGACAUCCUCCACAUUAUCCUCUCUUCUAUUCCGACCAAAUUUGCCAUCAGAACCUCCGUCUGGUCCAAACGAUGGAGGCAUGUAUGGUCCGAUACACCUUCUCUCUCCUUCGAAUCGUGUGAGGAUACUACGAGUGCUUAUUCGGUAGACGAAACCCUAGCUCGCUACACCGCUCACAAGAUGAUGAGUUUCCAUCUCUAUACCUCCGUGAUACUGGACGAUGUUCCUUACAUUAACAGGUGGAUCGAGUUAGCCAUGUCCCGAAACGUGGAGAGAAUGUCGCUAGAGAUACAUGUUGAUAAUUAUGGUUUUCCUGAUCUCUUCUACAUCAAUUCCUCUGUCAAGCAACUCACCCUUAACUAUUCAGACCUUUCUGAUAUGAUGAUUCCCCGUUGCUUCGUCUCUUGGACAUCCCUUAAGAAGCUGUCUCUGAGGUGUUGCACGAUCUCUGAUGAGUUCUUUGCUAAGAUUCUAUCUGGUUGUCCGAUUCUCGAAGGCCUAAAGUUGAAUUUCUGCCAUACACUAAUGGUUAUUGAUCUCAGCAAAUUGUUGCGUCUGAGAACAUUAGAAAUAUAUGAAAGCAAUUUGGUUCGAGGGUCAACACAGAUUGUGGCACCACAUAUCCAUUGUCUCAAUUUGAUCACAUACGCUCAGUCACCAUCUACUUUAGUCGAUGUCUCGUCUCUAACCGCAGCUAGUCUAGAGAUCUGGUAUCGCCCACAUCAAACACAACUAAAGACUCAUAAGCAAGUCAUGGUCCUAAAGAUCCUAGGGAAGUUACAGAAUGUAGAGAGGCUUACUCUUGGGACAAACCUUCUUAAGAUUUUAUCUCUUGCAGAGCUCCGUGGUGUUCUCUUUCCGAGGUUCAAGAAUAUCAAAGACUUGACGCUUGAAACAGUGGUCUCUCAAUAUGUAACUCCAGGCUUAGUAAGGGUGUUACAUAACUCACCUGGAUUGAAAACACUAACACUACACAUAAUGGAUUCCAGCACAUUACAGAUAAUAAAUCCUAGCCGCAUAGAGGAUAAGUAUCUUGACAAGUACUUGGAUUUGCAUGGCUUGGAUUCGAACCAAUGGUGGAUCUUUCUCGACAUUUUUCGCCAGAAUCCAGAGUCAAAGCAUGUGGCUUCACUCGUGGAACUUGUGCUUAAAACCACAAAGGCAUUAGAAAAGAUGGCCGUACGGUGGGAAGGUUGCCCUGAUGGAAGAAGGUUUGAAGAGUUACUUGAGAUGCUUUCGAUUAUUUCACACGACAACAAUGUCUCAGUUGCAUUAAUAGACCAUUUAAAGAGAAAACAGAGGAAAAUGUCAACAAAGUGGGAUUAUAGGAAAGCCACAACAUUGUAUGAUUGA